CGCAUGGCUGGGAUCGUUUGUGUCGUCACUACGGUGCUGUUCGGAAUGUCUCAGGGUCUUUCCACGGCGAGGACAUACCCUCCAAACCAAGUGACGUUGCUGGACUCCAGAUCAGUGCAAGGGGAACUGGCAUGGGUCGCAAGCCCUACAGAAGGAGGAUGGGAGGAGGUGAGCAUUAUGGAUGACAAGAACGUACCCAUCCGGACCUACCAGGUGUGUAACGUGAUGGAACCCAAUCAGAACAACUGGCUAAGGACCCACUGGAUCCGGCGCCGGGAAGCGCAGCGGGUCUUUGUUGAGAUUAAGUUCACGUUGCGGGACUGUAACAGCCUUCCCUGGGUCAGUGCGACCUGUAAGGAAACCUUUAACCUCUUCUACCACGAGUCGGACGUCGACGGCGAACGCUCCAUCCGCGAGAGCCAGUUCGCCAAGAUCGACACCGUGGCCGCAGACGAGAGCUUCACGCAGAUGGACAUUGGCGAUCGGAUCAUGAAGCUCAACACGGAAACGAGAGACGUGGGGGUUCUGACCCGAAAAGGUUUCUACUUGGCCUUCCAAGACGUGGGUGCGUGUAUCGCUCUGGUGUCUGUGCGGGUCUUUUAUAAGAAGUGUCCACUGGCCGUACGGAAUUUGGCCCAGUUUCCCGACACGGUGACCGGAGCAGACACCUCCUCGCUGGUGGAGGUGCGUGGCUCUUGUGUGAAUAAUUCGGAAGAGUAUGAAAUUCCCAAAAUGUAUUGUGGAGCCGACGGGGGAUGGCUCGUUCCGAUCGGGAGCUGUCUGUGUAAGCCUGGAUAUGAGGAACGUAACGGGGAGUGCCAAGUAUGUAAAAUAGGUUAUUAUAGGUCCCUGGCCAGCGCUGGAGGCUGCAGUAAGUGUCCAGAGCACAGUUACUCAGUGAGAGAAGGCUCCACCUCCUGCAGCUGUGAUAAAGGCUUCUACAGAUCAGAGACCGAUCCUCCUGCCAUGGCCUGUACUAGACCACCCUCAGCUCCUCUGAAUCUGAUCUCGAACGUGAACGAGACGUCGGUGCUGCUGGAGUGGAGUCCUCCGCUGAUCUCCGGGGGUCGUCAGGACCUGGCCUAUAACGUGGUGUGUAAGCGCUGCGGGUGGGAGUGUGAGUUGUGUGGGGACAGCGUGCGGUACUCCCCCCAGCGCCUCAGCCUGCGCUCCCCCCGCGUCUCCGUCCACCAGCUCCAGGCUCACACCAACUACACCUUUGAGAUCUGGGCGGUGAACGGGGUGUCCAAACACAACCCCGGCCCAGAGCAGGCUGUGUCUGUCACCCUCACCACCAACCAGGCCGCUCCCUCUGUAGUUCCGUCUCUGCAGUGUAAGGAUAUUACUCGUCACACUCUCUCUCUUUUCUGGCCGGAGCCACAGAAUCCCAAUGGAGUCAUCCUGGAGUACGAGGUCAAAUACUAUGAGAAGGAGCAGAGUGAGAGAAGUUAUCGAAUAGUCAAAACGGCGUCUCGGAGUGUGGAUAUAAAAGACUUGACCCCUCUGACCUCUUACGUGUUCCACGUGAGAGCUCGUACUGCUGCCGGCUAUGGAGAGUUCAGUGCCUCCUACGAGUUCAUGACCAACUCCAUGCCGUCUCCUGUGAUGGGUGAAGGGGUGAAAUCUACAGUGCUUUUGGCAUCUAUCCUGGGCAGUGUAGUGCUCCUCCUCAUCCUCACUGGAGCCUUCAUCAUCAGCAAGAGAAGAGGCAAGUACAGCAAGGCUAAGCAAGAUUCAGAGGAAGAAAAGCACCUACAAUCAGUGGGGAAGGUGUAUGUGGAUCCGUUCACGUAUGAGGAUCCUAACCAGGCAGUGAGAGAGUUUGCCAAAGAGAUCGACGCCUCCUGCAUUAAGAUUGAAAAAGUUAUCGGCAUCGGUGAGUUUGGUGAGGUGUGCAGUGGGCGGCUGAGGCUCUCUGGGAAGCGUGAGCAGUGUGUGGCUAUAAAGACACUGAAGGCGGGGUUUACUGAGGAGCAGAGGCGGGACUUCCUGAGUGAGGCCAGCGUCAUGGGCCAGUUUGACCAUCCAAACAUCAUUCACCUGGAAGGCGUGGUCACCAAAUGUAAACCUGUGAUGAUUGUCUCAGAGUAUAUGGAAAAUGGCUCUCUGGAUGCAUUUUUGAGAAAAAAUGACGGGCGUUUCACAGUCAUCCAGCUGGUGGGCAUGCAGCGUGGCAUUGCCUCAGGCAUGAAGUACCUGUCAGACAUGAGUUACGUUCACCGGGACCUGGCUGCGCGGAACAUUCUGGUCAACAGUAACCUGGUGUGUAAAGUGUCUGACUUUGGCAUGUCCAGAGUCCUGGAGGAUGAACCAGAGGGAACAUAUACAACCAGGGGGGGAAAGAUUCCUAUUCGCUGGACUGCCCCCGAGGCCAUUGCCUACAGGAAGUUCACUUCAGCCAGUGACGUGUGGAGUUACGGCAUCGUGAUGUGGGAAGUGAUGUCGUAUGGGGAGCGACCUUACUGGGACAUGAGUAACCAGGAUGUGAUAAAGGCGGUGGAGGAGGGCUAUAGGCUUCCAGGCCCAAUGGAGUGCCCAGUGUCCCUGCACCAGCUGAUGCUGGACUGUUGGCAGAGGGAACGAGCGGACAGACCCAAGUUCAGUCAGAUCGUCAACAUGCUCGACAAGCUGAUACGACACCCAGCCACACUGAAGAGAACCAGCAGAGAGACCAGCAGACCGCAUGCAUCCACAUUAAGCCCCUCCCCCUUGAAUGUCUGCACCGCCUCUCUGGGCUCGGUGGAGGAGUGGCUAAAGACUGUCGGCCUGGAGAGGUACAGAGACAACUUCACUAAUGCUGGAUUCCAGAACCUGGAGAAUGUCGUACACAUUAAACAAGAGGAAAUGACAAAAAUGGGCAUCUCCUCCAGCUCCCAUCAGAGGAAAAUCCUCGCCAGUAUCCGGGAACUUCUGUCAGAGAUGCAGCACGUGCCAGGAAGAACGGUUCCUGUUUAG